AAGACAAUUGAAAUAAAGUCCAUUUUUUGGAAAGUGUGCAAAAUUUAUCAAACGGCAACCGAAAUCAAGUUCCUUUAAAAACUCGACUCAACCGCGGGUCAUAAACGGGCCACAAAGUGACAGCAAGAAGGGCGCCAUCGAGGACGCCAACGGCAUCUUCAACACAAGCAAGCUGUGGUUAAAAAAAUCCGGAAGGGCUUUAAUAAUAACGUUUGAGCAACGCGUCUCGGUCAAGGCCGCCAGCUGUCAUCAUCUGGUACCUGGCGGUGGUGGUGUGGUGGCUGCGCGCGCUCCACCGCCAGUGAAAAUUUAGCAGUUUUAAUGGAAAUCGGCGACGAUGGGUAAAGUAUGCUUUCUCUGCAAAAGCGCCGAGGAUGAUGAGGUGCAGUAUGGAAAAUUCUACACGAAAUGGAACAUCAGCGUGCACUAUUACUGUCUGCUGUUGUCCUCAAACUUGAUCCAGAACGGAACCGACGAUACAGUGGGUAUUUUCGGCUUUCUGGAGCAGGACAUACGGAAGGAAAAUGAGCGCACGAAGCGCUACCGCUGCUUCGCCUGCAAGGACAAGCAUGCGAACGUGUCGUGCUGCUUCAAGAAGUGUCUGCGGGUGUUCCAUACCGAGUGCGGAUUCAAGAAUGGUUGCUUAUCGUACUAUACGGGAACGUAUCAGUCCUGGUGUCCGCUGCAUAUCCCGCUGAAGAAGGAGCGCAAACCGCACGGGCCGGAAGAUUCGUGUGCAAUCUGUUUCGAUGCGAUGGAAGCGUACGACAUGAUCGGAUCGGUUCGGGCACCCUGCUGUCGGAACGGAUGGUUCCAUCUGCGGUGCGUUCGGCAGCUCGCACUUGCAGCCGGUUACUUUCUCAAGUGUCCAUUGUGCAAUAAUGUGGACGAGUUCACCAAAGCCAUGCCACUCCGCGGCGUGUUUGUACCGGAACGGGAUGCGGCCUGGGAGCUAGAACCAAACGCCUUCCAGGAGCAGCUAGAGCGACCGUCGGAGUGUGAUGCGGAACGUUGCCGAUGCAGCGAUGGGCGCACCGUGGACAAUCGGUCUUGGUCGUUACUGAUUUGUGGCUGCUGUGGAUCGACUUCCCGUCAUCGGGAGUGUAUGGAUGAGCCAGACUCGAAGGUGUACGUUUGUCAGCAGUGCAAACCAAUCGUGGGAGAUAGGGUUCCCGAACCGGAAGAGGAGGAUGACGAUGAUGACACCACCUCUGAAUCAUACACUUCAUGCGAAAGCUCAGAAGAGGAUGAAAUGGUUGCAAUGAAGAGAAAGAAUCCGGCUUCUGCUGGUUCCGAAUCGGGGGUACAGUGUUCCAGUAGCGAGGAAUCAUUGCAACCGAUACGGAUGCGAAAGCGGAAGCCGAAUCAGCCACGGAUCGCUUCGGAUUCGGACAGUGCACCUUCUCAGGCCAGCUCUGAGAGCUUUAGGCGUAGCACGAGAAGAACAGCGAGGAGAAGAGCGAUCAGACGGCUAACAUCCGACGAGUCCGAGCCUACGACGGCUCGCGCGGAGCAACAACAAAUAACCGUACUAGAGACUACGAGACGUACUAAGGGGAAACGGCAACGUCAACCGAACGUGAAACCUAUCGAGCAGCAAGACGAGUGCUCGAACUCUUCCGGAACGUCGUCGCUAAGCAACUGUCCGCGGAAACGACGCGCCCGACAAUCGAAGCGCAAAGCCAUGAAUGCAAUACAUGAGCGGCUGUUUGCCAACUACCUGUCCGAUUCGGAGAGCCUAACGAGGGAUUCCUCACCUGCUGGAAGCGCUGAUUGGCGUCCGAAGCGCUCUACCGGUGCGACAAAGAAGAGGCGUAUUGACAUUGAGAAGACAACCAAACGUCAACCGGUUGCCAACACUUCGUCGAGCGAUUCUGAUUCCAGUUUACCGAUUAUGCCCGUCGCAAAGCGUCGCCGUCGUGCUGAGACAGCCAGCAAAACCAAGCGGUUACGGGUAGUAAAGAUUUCCAUCUCGGAUGGUGGGGCAGAUGAAGAAAACAUCAAUCCACAACUGGGCGCGCCGGUAGAAGCAUCCAGUACUUCACCAUCACCGCCAUCGGUUCCGGAGACCGUUAAACCAUGUACGAGCGGUGCUUCCGUGCAAGGAAGUUCCACCUUGAAACGCUCAGGGGGUGACAUGCAUCAGUCCUCUAUUUUAAGCUUCGUUUUGGGCAGUUCAUCGUCCAAGACGAUCCCUGAAGCCUGUGCGGGCACUUCGGCCGGAAAGGAUCCCUCCGGGGCGUCAAAGGUGCGAUCCUCGCACAAGAAGCAGCGAUCCACCGGACAGCGGGAUCUGCUGAAAUACUUUAAUCGAUGUUAAAGGAUCCUCCUCAGCUCCCCCGCUAUCACUGUUACAGUAGCUGACUGCAUUUAAAUAAUAAAUAGCCCGGCCGGUGGAAUCAACCACACAGUAUAGACAAUGUCCAGUGCGCUCCAAGGGGCGCAUCAAACCAAAUAUCAGUACCCAUCGGUGGCAGUCGUCGAAUAUCGGCGAAGAUUGCGCGCAUGCAGUCUGAGAUUGAUACAAUUUGUUAAACGGGUAACAACAUACAUAAUGGCGUCGGCUUGCACUAAUGCGCGCGCGCAUAUCGCGACCACAUCACGCGCUCUGCCGUACCUUUCCCGGAUCUUCUUGUACUGUAAUUGUAUUUGUAUUGAUUUUUUUAGUAGCUGUUUAACGUGCUCACAUUUUAAAGACUCUAUUUCUAUAAUAAAGUUAUUAGCAUGAUUAUUGAGAAAC